AUAGAACCUGAUGAACUGAGGGGUAAAAGAAAGAGGUCAACUUGUCCAUACAAGCUUAAGAAACAACAAACAAUUAUAAGAUGUUCUAAAUGUCAUGAAACAUGUCACAAUGCUCUUAGAUGGAAGGUUACUACACAAAACACAGAAGGACUAGGGAAUUCAAGUGAUGCACCACAAAAACAGAAAGCAAAUGCAAAUGCCAAUAUCCCUAUCGGGAGGGAGAAGUUAACGGUUACUAAGAAAAACACAGAUGGAGUUGUAAAAUCUUGUGAUGCACCACAGCAACAACAGAAGGUGCAUGCAAAUGCCAAUAUUUUACCACCCAGAGCAGAUGAUUUGAUGAAUAGUGUGAUCUCAGAUACGGAGUUGAUGGCAGCAAUUGAUAACUAC